AUUAAAUAUUCGUUAUUUUUUCUUAUGUCAUUUAAGAAAUAUCGAAUAAAAUCGAUUUGAUAUUUUCAAAACAUUGAUAUUUUGAUGAAUAUUUUAUAAAUCGUAAGAAGAAAGAAAGAGAAAGGAAAACGAUAGAUUACGAUGAUUCGAAAAGUUUCGUUUAUCUUCUAAUAUUCGAAGCUCAUUCUUCGAUACAGAAAAUGGUAGAAAAGAUCCCACUGCGGAAGACCAUUGCUCGAUUGGAUUUUCCAGCAAUUAUAGCUUUUGGCAAUCCUCUCCUGGAUAUUGUAGUGAUAGUGAAGAAUGAUGACUUGCUUAAAAAAUACAAUCUCAAGAUCGACGGUGAAACGGAGCUAUGCGAAAAGAAGAUGCAGGAGUUGAUUGCAGAUCUACCACCUGAAACAGAACGAUGUACAACUCCAGGAGGAAGUGCGCAGAAUACAUUGAGGAUUUUGCAGUGGCUGUGUGAUGAGACUCAUGAAAUUCAAAUUGGUACUUUUUAUGGUGGUGUCGGAAAUGAUCAAAAGGGUUCAAUUUUAGAAAAAUUAAUCCGAAUUGCAGGAGUGGAUGUAAAAUAUGCCAUACAUUCAACUUUACCCACUGGAUUAUGCGUUUCAUUAGCGCAUGAUUCAUCUCGCAGUCUUGUUGCGAAUCUUGGUGCAGCCAAUACAUAUACAUUGGACGAUUUGAAAAAGGCCAAUCCACAAUUAGAUAACAUGAAAAUAAUUUACAUUGAAGGAUAUUUCAUAACUCACAGUUUGGAUGUGGCUAAGGAGUUGGUCAAGCGAGCGCAAGAGAAAAAUAUUAUCAUAGCAUUCAAUCUUAGUGGUUUAUAUAUAUUCCAGGAUCAUCAAGCAGCCAUUUGCGAAAUGGUUGGUCACGCUAAAAUCGUGUUUGGAAACGCAAGAGAAAUGAUAGCACUUGCGCAAGCAUUAAAUGUAAAAUACGACGAUGUCACCGAUAUACCUUUCUUGCUGAACAGUUUAAAGAGAAUUACGGUGGAUGUUUCUAGCGGCAAUAGCAAGGACUGGCUAGCCGACGAUGGUAUAUUCAUCAUGACGCGCGGUGGAUGCGCACCGGCGAUUAUUGUGUGGGGCAAAGGACAGUCUGUUCAGAUACCACCUAUCGUACCGAAAGCGCCUAUCGUGGAUACAACGGGUGCCGGGGAUGCUUUAGUGGCUGGCUUUCUGGCCGGUGUCCUGGCUCACUGGGAUCCGAAGAGUUGUUUAGAAUUGGGAUGCAAGGUUGCAUCCUACAUAAUAACUAAACUCGGCGUCACGUUACCGAGCAGCAUACCUCCUGAUUUGUUGCCAUAACGAUUUGAUCUCUUUAGGAGACUAAUGGCAAAUAAUUGUUACCUGAUGUACCUGUAAUUGCACAUUUAUUGCCUCAAAGUAUGUAUUAGCGAAUUAUCGAUCGUUUGAGCGAUAAUUAGCAUUCCUUGUCGAUGUUAUGUCCAUGUAUUCCAUUAGAUAUUUAUUUAAACGACUCAUGGAUCCCCCCGGGUCCUUAUACUUAUAUGACAUGCGCGCGUAUUAUGUUGUAAGAUACAAAAUCUAAUAUUUGUUAGUUUUAUUUAUUAUAUUAAAGAUAACUGUAGUAUUACUCGUGUCAUCGAGUCCCGCAUUUCCAAAAAUGCAGCACUUUUAUUAAUAAGUAAGAUAUAGAGAUAUAUUAAAGUAUAUAACAAUAUAUAUAAUAGUAAGAUAUAGAGAUAUAGUAGAGAUUUUUCUCGAUAAUCGUUAUCAUUAUAAAUCUGUAGUUUAUCUACCUGAUGUUUUUGUGAUGUGAAGAAAUUAUGUAACAGAGUUUAUUAAUAAUUAUGUCGGUAUUAUCUCUUUA